AUGCCAGGGUAUGCAAAAAUGAUAAAGGACCUGAUGUCGCAAAAAAUUGACUUCCAGGACCUGUCCACUGUAACUCUGACGCAGACCUGCAGUGCGGUAGUGACAAGACCUAUGGCUCAAAAGGUGUCUGAUCCAGGUAGUUUUGCUAUCCCAUGCACUAUUAGGAGUUAUGUUUUCACUAAAGCAUUGUGUGACUUGGGAGCCAGUAUAAACUUGACGCCCUUGGCAAUCUAUACAAAAUUGGGCAUUGGUAGAGCUAGACUGACCUCAAUGUUGCUGCAACUGGCUGAUCGCACAGUCAAAAGACCGACAGGAUUUCUUGAUGAUGUGCUUGUUCAAGUGGGAAAGUUUGUAUUCCCUGCAGACUUCGUCAUUCUUGACUGUCAACGGGAUGAAGAGAUACCAAUCAUUUUGGGAAGACCCAGCGAAUUUGCAAAUUGCUCGCUAGUGGAGGCCGUGGAUGUAAUACUGCAAGAGGAGGAUGAGACCCUUAAUGUCAGGGAUCCGCUAGAAGCCUGUUUGAUGAACUUGGAAGAGAUGGAUGGUGAAGGGUGA